UCCUUACCCCGGUAAAAUCCACUGACACGGAGUGGGACAUCUGACCGAGCUCGACGUCAUGGCAUUUCAAUAUUAUAAUAACGUUAUGUAGACAAAUCGGUAUCGUCUCUGUUUACCCGUCGGCUAAAUGAUUCGAUUUGCGGUAAUCGUGUUCGUGCUGUUAAUUGAUGUUCCGUUUUCAAUACAAGAGGACGAUAAGGUAUUACACAUCGGAGGUAUAUUCCCGAUCGGCGGCAAAGGCGGAUGGCAAGGAGGUCAAGCUUGUGAGCCUGCGGUUAGGCUAGCCUUGGAAGAUGUGAACAAGAAUAGCGUUCUGUCCGGAUAUCAACUGAAAUUGCAUUGGAAUGAUAGCGAAUGUGAUCCAGGACUUGGUGCAUCGGUAAUGUAUGAUCUGCUGUAUAACAAACCUCAAAAACUUAUGUUAUUAGCAGGAUGCAGCACUGUAUGUACAACUGUAGCCGAAGCGGCAAAAAUGUGGAAUUUAGUUGUUUUAUGUUAUGGUGCCAGUUCACCAGCAUUGUCCGACCGAAAUCGUUUUCCCACACUGUUUAGAACGCAUCCUUCAGCCACUGUUCAUAGUCCAACUAGAAUCACAUUGAUGAAAAAGUUCGAAUGGUAUAGAAUUGCAAUUCUUCAGCAAACCGAAGAAGUGUUUAUUUCUACAGUGGAGGAUAUCGAGACUCGAUGCAAACAAAAUGGCAUUGAAAUAAUUACCAGGCAAAGUUUUGUUAGUGAUCCAGGUGAUGCUGUUAAAAACUUGCGCAGACAAGACGCCAGGAUCAUUGUUGGUUUAUUCUACGUCGUUGCUGCUAGAAAAGUAUUAUGUGAGAUGUACAAACAGCAGUUAUAUGGAAAAGCCUACGUGUGGUUUUUUAUUGGGUGGUACGAAGACAAUUGGUUUGAAGUCAACUUGGAAAAAGAAGGAAUUGAAUGUACGAAAAAAGAAAUGAGAAUUGCAGCUGAAGGUCACAUCACCACUGAAGCUCUUAUGUGGAAUCAAAACAUUAACCAAAAGACUAUUUCCGGCAUGACUUCUGAAGACUUUCGUAAAAGGCUUGAAAAUGUUUUAAGAUCGGGAGGUUAUGCAAUUGAUCGACACCGGUAUCCCGAAGGUUACCAAGAAGCACCGUUAGCAUACGACGCUGUCUGGGCUGUAGCGUUGGCUUUUAAUAAAACUAUGGGUAUCCUGGAAAAACAAGGAAAAUCAAUCACCAGUUUUAACUACAACAAUAAGGAAAUCGCCGACCACAUUUAUUCGGCUAUAAAUUCAACCCAGUUUCUCGGGAUAUCAGGUUACGUAGCUUUUAGUUCACAAGGUGAUCGUAUAGCAUUAACGCAGAUUGAACAAGUUAUUGAAGGAAAAUACGUUAAACUUGGUUACUAUGACACACAGUCCGAUAACUUAACAUGGUUCGAUAAAGAGAAAUGGAUCGGUGGAAAAGUUCCGCAAGAUAGAACUGUGAUUCGUCGUGUAUUGCGCACGUUAUCGAUACCAUUACUGAUAUGUAUGUGGGUAAUUACAACUAUUGGGAUACUUGGAGCAGUUAGUCUUAUUGUAUUUAAUGUCCUCAAUCAUCACAGAAGAGUUAUUGCUCAAUCAUAUCCGGCUUGCAAUACAAUUAUGUUGUCCGGCUGUGUAUUGAGCUUGAGUAGUAUUUAUUUAUUUGGCUUGGACGGUCAGAUUAUAUCACCGGCGGUUUUCCCAAACAUAUGCCAAAUAAAAACUUGGGUGUUGUCAAUUGGAUUUACUUUGGGUUAUGGAGCUAUGUAUAGUAAGGUGUGGAGAGUGCACAGACUGCAUACGAGUCAAAAGAAAAACGCAAUCAGGAAAGCUUUGCAGCCGUGGAAAAUGUAUUCGAUUGUGAUAUUUUUACUGGCCGUCGAUGUUGCGAUUCUAUUUUUAUGGCAAUGCAUGGAUCCAUUGAAGCGCGAUAUACAAAAAACACCAAUAUUCUUAUUAGCCGGUGUUUUUUUUUUAGGUUUAACAUUAAGCUACAAAGGGUUGCUUUUGCUGUUCGGACUUUUUGUCUCGUAUGAAACCAGAAGUGUCAAACUAAGACAGAUAAAUGAUUCACGGUACGUCGGAAUGUCAAUUUACAACGUGGUCGUUACAUGCUUGAUAACUACACCCGUGAUUAUGGUGACAGCAUCACAGCAAGAUGCUAGUUUCGCUUUUGUAGCGUUGUCUGUUAUAUUCUGUUGCUUCCUUUCCAUGGCCCUGAUAUUCGUACCAAAAGUGAUUGAAGUGAUCCGGGAUCCCCACGACAAACCGGAAUCUAAAUACAACCCCGAUGCUGGAAUGUCAAAAGAAGACGAAGAUAAGUAUAAGAGACUUAUCGAUGAAAAUAAACAACUUGCUGCUAAAAUAAAAGAGAAAGAGGAGCGUUUAAAACAACUAAAGUCUGACCUAUUCAGUUUAAGGGGCGAUACCGAUAAGACUGAAAUAAAAUGGAACGAUGAGUCGCAGUUAACCGAACAUUCGUUCUUAUCGCAGUCGGUAAAUAAAGAUACUUUAAUUGUAGCUGAUUUCAUAACUGGCGAAGGUACAUCGGACUCAGCGUUCAUUGCUGGUACGGCCACUUCUUAUUCUAGAGCUAGUGCUUCAGAUAUGGAAUUCUCUGAGUCUUACUUGUGAAUUCUUAGACAUUAAAUUUACAAUAAUAUGCUUGAAAACAAUCGACCAACAAACAAUUUAAUCAUUUUACUUCAUACAGGGUGACUAAAAAAGCUGUUUCUUCGAAAUAUAAUUUUUAAAAUCUUUAGAUAAAAGAUAACAUAAUAACGAUACAAUCAUCAUAGUUAACGAAAUGGUACUUAAUAUACUAUAUAAUAAUAUAGGUAUGCAUAUUAUAGUAGGUAUGAGAAAAACAAUUUUCAAAUA